CAUCCUUAUCUCUCCUCGCGUUUCGGAUGGCACCAUUCAGCGAGAAUGCCUUCAUCUUGCCGGGCUCGAAAGCGACGAAGAUAACAUGGGCCAUGAGACGUUCUACGAGGGUCCUGUUCCCGUCCCCGAACGACUAUGGAGGACUUUAGUGGCCGAUCGAGACCCCAACGGGGACAAUCCAAGCCGAUUGUACCGACGUGUAUGCGAUGCAGUUCUGCAUCAGCGAGGCCUAACGACGAUGUCAAUACCACAAGUAUCAUGAGGGCGACAGAAACCCUGGACAUGGUUCUGGAAUAUCUGAGGCGAGUGGAGUCGGUGAUUUGGAACCGCAAGUUCUUCGCUUGCAAUACCGAGGACAACGACGACCGCAACCAUCUGUACGGGUUCGGAUCGGAGAAGAUGGAGAUAGGAGACAGAGUCUGCAUUCUUUUCGGCUGCUCGGUACCGGUCGUUGUGAGGGAUUCGAAAGAUCGGGAAUUCUUCACGCCUGUCGGCGAAGGCUACGUCCAUGGGAAGAUGGAUGGCGAAGCGCUGGCCUCGAUGGAUGACAACGAGCUAAACAAGAGAGAAAAGUCUUUGAGGAUUCAAUGAAAAUGUGCGUCAGGUGAAUCGGGCAUCCACGUUGUCAUAUCUGAUCAGAGGCUAUAGCUUAAGAAUGCGAGCCUUGUUGCCGAACUGUCGGGCCAAACUAUGUCACGCCUAUCUGUAUUCUAAAUAUAGGGUUGCUUGUUAUCAAAGAGUUGAACUCGUUUGAACAUGUAUGAUACGAACUAUUACCAUUUUACUA